ACUGUUAAGUCCUCUUUGGCUCUAUCAUCUGUGGGGAAAUUCGUGACAGAAGUCAUUUAACUUCCUUCGAAAUGCAUCCGUUUCCUGAGAGGAAGUAAGUGAUUCCAGAUCUCCUCCACAGACAGCUAGGAUGGGACUGACCUCGACCGAUAAAUACAAUUUGGUACUGUUCGCGCUGGAAUUAGUUUCAUUAGCUCAGACAGCAUGUGCUGGAGGAACAUGCGAAACUAUAUUUAAAGGUUUCUCCGACUGUCUGCUCAGUCUUGGAGAAAAUAUGAUGAACUAUCCCCAAGAGCUGGACGACAGAGAAAACCUUCAGACCAUCUGCUCAUAUUGGGAUGACUUCCACUCUUGUGCCUCCACCGCAAUCGCAGACUGUCAAGAAGGAGCAACAGACCUUUGGGAAAAACUGAAACUGCAGUCGCGGAGCUUGAACUAUCAGGGAAGCUUGUUUGAAUUAUGCUCUGGGAAUGUUGGAGCAUCUCUAGUUUUAUUACCUCUGGAACUGAAGAUACUGCUGAUGUGUUUCUCCACACUCAUUUCUUGGCUUGCUUUUGAGUAACAAACACAAAGAUCUGAGCUGAAACAAGUUACUAAAUGGAUAUUAUGCACCCCUGUCUCUCUUGGAAUGAAGCAAUUCGUGUUUUGAUGUACAGUAUGCGAUGUAUGAUGAAUAUAAGACAUCAUGGCACUCUUUUGAAAAAUUGGUGUUAAAGAAUUCCAAAAUUUGGAUUUUAAGUAGCUGUUUUAAACCGUUUAUUUAAUUUGAAGUUAACCCUCUCAAGGCAGGCGUUGCAGAUUUGCAACAGUUAAAAAUUAACUACCUUAUUACUCCAGAUACAUAUUUUAUAUUUAGUUUUUUUUUUUACUCAGAAGUCCCACUGCAGGACUUGGUUGUCCAUUAGCAACAAACAGUUACCCCACUUGCUCACCAGAUGACACAAAAGACAAAAACUGUUUCUUGGAGUACCACAUGACAUAGUGACUUGGAAACAUGACCUACUCAAUCAGGAUUUAAGAUAUUGGAUUUGGAUGCCAUAUUGUUUUUGUUGUUGUUCUGCCACAGAAAAGCAAUUUGUUGCAUUGUUUGAAAAGUUGUACAUAAAAAGUUAUUGUUCAUAUCAAAUUCAGUCGUCAGUGUCUAAUUACCACACUGGGCCAAUGUUGCAAAUCUGCAACAUCCCAGAAUGCCUUGCAUGUGAAGGUCUCUCUAAAAAAGUCAGGAUUCUAUUGUACUACCCUAUAUGAUAAUUUUCCCCAAAUAUCAGAUUUUUCUUUUUUUUAAACUUAGUUUGAGCCUGAGAGGGUUAAAAUACAUAGCUAUGGUGUAAUAACAACUAACAUUCGGAAUCGAGGGGUAAAUAAUAGCAUGUUUUUAUACAAAAUAUGAUUAUUAUAAUCAUUAAAUGGUCAAAUUUAACAUCCUGUAAAUCAAAGACCAUCUGUCCAAUUAGGAAAAGCGGACUUUUAUUUAUACACUAAUACUUUCAAAAUUAAAAUGCCAGUUUCAGUACCA